AUGACCACCAUCGGCUAUGGAGUCUCCGACCCGAUGUUUGAUGAAUGUCCAGAGGUGGUUCCAUUGCUGGUGGCGCAAUCGCUGAUUGGUCUAUUGAUGGAUGCAAUCUUUCUGAAUCUCAUGUACACGCGGUUUUCCACCGCCUUCACCCGAUCGGCCAGCAUCAUUUUCACGGAUGUGGCUAUUGUUUAUGAGGAAAACGGCUUCGUGAAGAUUGCCUUCCGGGUUUGUGAGGUGGCGCGCAAGCCUCUCAUUGAGCCCAUGGUGCGGCUGUACCUCAUCAAACACGGGCGAGUGGCUGUGGACGCGGACAUGGAGGGCUUCUUGGACGUGGACACGCAUCAGAUGGCCCUGGAAGAGCCUGACAUCAACAUUGCGGAUGGGAAACUUUUUCUCACACUGCCUACCAAAGUGGUUCAUUGUUUAGACGAGACCAGCCCCCUCAGUAGUGGCCCUGUACGCAACAUGCAGCAGUUUCACGACCAAAUCCAGGCUAUGGAUUUCUUUGAAGUCAUCGUGGUUCUGAGUGGCACAUGUCCAAUCACAGGCAAUAGCUUGGAGGCGCGCCAGUCCUACACGGCAUCAGAUUUGCGCUACAAUUGUACCUUCGCACCCUGUGUAUCAUUGCACGAUGACAAGCAUCAGGUGAACUUUGAAUAUUUUCAUCGUACCAUGAAGUGCGACCAAACAGGGAAGUCACCCAGCACAAAGUUGCUUUGA